UCUCUGGAACCCCAAACAUUAAGGGAGUGAAGUCAGUUUCAACAGAUAGACAGCCGCGAGACCAUGUGCGAGCGACCCUCGCGCGCUCUGUUUCUGAAGGACCUCCUUCUUGCGCCGCAGGUUUGGUUGAUAAACCUCAGCUCCUCAAACCACCAGUUACUCCUGACCAGGGGAGAACAGCACAUCUGAGAGCGUCGUGUCGAGCUACAGUCACGGAGACGGGAUCCGCGCCUGUCACACACGGUUUCCCAGAUCAACACUUCUGUGCUCUUCAAGAAAACAAGAUGAGACAACUUGGGAACUAAAAGAAAAUUGGUCUUAGGAAGGAGCAGCCUUACGCUGGACGGUUCCACUUCAUUUCCCCUACUCCCUGGAGAAUAAGCCAGACAGAGCAGUCAUCAUUCAUUUCAAGAGACACUACAGCAACUGAUGGCAAUGGAGCGGUCUCAUCUGAACAACAGCUCUGGGUCUUGGUUAUUAGAGGAUCCCAUCUGUCCAACCUCUCUCAGCAGCACCACUUUCCUCAUCGUAGCAUACAGCACCAUGUUAGCAGUGGGCCUGGUGGGCAACACUUGCCUGGUUUUAGUCAUCACACGACAGAAAGAGAUGCGCAACGUGACCAACGUCUUCAUCGUCAACCUCUCAUGCUCUGAUAUCCUUGUUUGUUUGGUGUGUUUACCGGUCACCAUUAUCUACACCCUUAUGGAUCGAUGGAUUUUGGGCGAGGCUUUGUGUAAGGUGACGCCGUUCGUCCAGUGUUUGUCCGUAACGGUUUCGAUUUUCUCCAUGGUUCUCAUCGCCUUGGAAAGACAUCAGCUCAUCAUCCAUCCCACUGGUUGGAAACCAGUCGUCAGACACUCCUACCUGGCUGUCGCGGUUAUCUGGAUCGUCGCAUGUUUUAUCUCCCUUCCGUUCCUUUCGUUCAACAUCCUCACAAACUCGCCCUUCCACAACCUCAGCCUUCCCUUCAACCCCUUCAGCGAUCACUUCAUAUGCAUUGAACAAUGGCCAUCUGAGGGGAAUCGGCUCACUUAUACCACAACGCUGCUGCUGUGCCAAUACUGCUUACCAUUGGCGCUCAUUCUCGUCUGUUAUUUCCGCAUAUUCCUGCGUCUCAGCCACCGUAAAGACAUGGUCGAAAGAGCCCGAGGUGGACGGCAGAAGAAGACCAAAGGCUCAAAGCGGGUCAAUGCCAUGCUAGCCUCGAUUGUUGCAGCGUUCGCCCUCUGUUGGCUGCCACUGAAUGUUUUCAACACGAUCUUUGACUGGAACCAUGAAGCGAUUCCCGUCUGCCAGCACGAUGCCAUUUUCUCAGCUUGUCACCUCUCCGCCAUGGCGUCGACUUGUGUGAACCCAGUCAUCUAUGGUUUCCUGAACAGUAACUUCCAGAAGGAGCUGAAAUCGCUGCUCUCCAGGUGCCGCUGCUGGGGGCCGCCCGCGAUUUACGAGAGUUUCCCUUUGUCCACUGUCAGUACGGGCAUUACUAAGGGGUCUAUCCUAAGCAAUGGCUCUUCUAGCACCUAUCAACCACAAAAGAACAACAGUUCGGACCAGAAAGAUACCAUUUAAUUGGUGUCAAAUGUAAGAUAAGGCAAUAUUCCUACCUACAUGUCGCACUUCUUCAAGCAUUCAGAGGUGGCUUGUGAACACUGUCAGCUAAUCUGAAUUUGAGGUUAAGAAUCCCAAUUUGGACAGUGAAAAUCUGUGACGUUGUUGCUAAAAGAUGUCCACUUGUCUUCUUUAAACACAGAAAUGGGCCAUAACAUAUUAAGGAAAGGCUUAUUGUGGCCAGGCUCUGCAGAGGAGAAGCAAUGAGAGUGAUCAUCGCAAAUUGCAUUGAUGUUUCAAAACCACUGCUAAAAUGACUAUGACCAAUGAAACAUGCUGGAUUUGUGGCUAUUAUAUGGUUAGUUCUCAAUGGCACAGAAAGCCAUUUUUACCAGUUAGAACAAGGUUCUCUCUGAGAGAUGUUAUGAUGAAAUACUGAGUGGAGGAGGCUUUUUCUUCUCGUUGUCUUUGUCCAAGGUUUUCUUGUGGAAGGUAACAGAAAAAGAAUUGUACUAUUUUGGUUCUUUUCACUGUUAAAGUGAUAGCUCGCCUAAAAAUAAAUAUUCUGUCAUCAGUACUCAUGUUGUUCCAAACCUGUGACUU